UAACGUCUCCAUCGUGGCCAUGGAGUGUGUGAAGAACUGCUGCAGGACGCUGGCGAGGAGGCGGCAGCUGGAGCCGGAGACCCAGGUGAUCAGGCUAAAGAUUCCUCCCAACGAGGCGUCCGUCCUCGGACAUCGGGCGGACGAGGGGACCAGGGGGGUCGGUGAGGAUUACCUGCUGUCCAAGCUGCCACCGGACGGCCGGGAGGUUCCCUUCGUGCUGCCCACCUUCAGGCCCUCCUACGUGCAGCCCCGGGCCCCCCGCAGCCCCCCGCUGCAGUACGGCCUGCACAGCUCGGCCAGGUCUGCGUACGCCGAGAGGAAGGCAGAGCUGCUGGGCUCCCACAGUCCCGGGUCUGAACUCCCCCGGGGUCACGUCUCCCCCGCCUUGACCCGCCGAGGGACGCUGAGCAGCAGAACCGCCGGCCCGCAGAACCCUGGUUGGACCCUGAAGCCCGGCGGCCCGCAGCGGCUCAGCAGCUCCAUGUUCGACCUGUCCAGCUCCCACAGCGGCACGCAGCACUUCGGCUCCACGUCCAGCACCCUGAGCAGCACGUCCUCCGUGUUCAGCUCCAUGGAGAGCAGCCUGGAUUCCAUCACCCUGUCCGGGGACGAGCCCGAGCUGGGGAAGGUGUGUGUCCGGCUGAACUACCAGGAGGCCCUGGAGCAGGUGUGGAUAACUCUGGUGCAGUGCUCGGACCUCAACCUCCAUUCAGACGCCGUGGAGGAGCAGAAAAUCGGCUUCAAGGCGAUAAUCACGCUCCCCAAACCCGUCCAGUUCAAGAGCUCAGUCAAAGCCUACAGCCAGGACGUGUCCUUCGUGGAGACCUUCGUGUUUGCGCUGCGCCUGCAGCAGCUGCGCUGCAGCGCGCUGGUCCUGCGGCUGCAGACGCACCAGCCCCGGAAACGGACACUGGCCGAGUGCGUCCUCUCCCUGCGGCAGCUCGGCCCCCAGGAGUCGGAGCACUGGCUGGACCUCAACCCUCCGUCCAAAUCCUCCGUGUGUCACUCCGAGCUCCACCUGAGCACCUGCUUCCAGCCGGUCAACGGCCGCAUCCAGCUGCAGGUGCUCGCCGCCCAGAACCUGCCGCCGUCCUCCUCGCCGCUGUCCCAAGCCUUCUUCGUCAAGGCGGAGAUGCAGCAGUUGGGCCUGGGGGGGGUCCAGAGGAAGACCCGGGCCCUGAAGGCCCCCGGGGGCCAGUGCCAGUGGGCCGAGACCUUCCACUUCCACCUGGCCUCCUUCGACCACGCCCCCUCGCUGUCAAUCAAGCUGUACAGCCGCAGCUCCGUCCGCAGGAAACAGUGUCUCGGACAGGUCCAGCUAGGGGUCGACGGUGCCGCCGCUGACGCCGCAGAGCAGUGGCGGGACACGAUGGCCAACCCGGAGAAGGUGGUGGCGGCGUGGCACCGGCUCGGCCCGUCCUAAACCCCGGCCCUGGUCUUCAUCCCCGAGCCCCGCUGAGGUCACGACCUGCCGGUCCACCUUCUUUCCCAGCCAGCCGGCCACAGACGUCCACGCCGAGGGGGUCGGCGGCCAGAGCACCUCAUCCAUCAACCUGUUUUGAACAAAGACUUGUGUGUUUUCUUCGGUAACGGCAGAUGAAAUGGUAGAUGUGACUUUAGGAGACGCCGCGAGUCUCACGCCUCUCGCGUAUCACUGCUCUCCAGUGAAGCUUCGAUGUUUACGAGGAGGGAAAGUGAGCGUGACGGUAAACGUAGCCCGGCACAAACCAUGUCAUUAGUCUGUAAAUAUUUUGAUAGGCACCUUGAAGGAAAUGCCUACAGAUGUUUUUCCUGUUUCCGUGUUCGUCGGCAAACCCCUGAAACGUCUGACAGGCUCCGUGAAACAACUGUAACUUUCAGAAAUCAUUUCUUCUGUCAGUUGUUUUUAACUCUGUGAAGCUUAAAAAUGUGCA